UCAAGAGAAGGCCCCGGCGCGGUGCGUACCGUAACAUUCCAUUGAGAAGAAGAGGGAAAGAUGGCGUCCUCUAACAAUCCUCGCAAAUUUAGCGAAAAAAUCGCUUUGCAUAAUCAGAAACAGGCGGAGGAGACCGCGGCGUUCGAAGAAGUGAUGAAAGACCUGAACAUCACCAGAGCUGCGCGGUUGCAGUUACAGAAGACCCAGUAUUUGCAACUAGGGCAGAAUCGUGGACAGUACUAUGGAGGCUCACUGCCCAAUGUCAAUCAGAUUGGAAAUGGCAACAUUGACCUGCCUUUUCAGAACUCGGUGCUGGAUACCAGUCGGACUACCAGGCACCACGGGCUGGUGGAGCGGGUUUACCGUGACCGGAACCGCAUCACGUCUCCUCACCGCCGGCCGCUGUCAGUCGACAAACAUGGACGCCAAAUUGACAGCUGUCCUUACAGCUCAGUUUACCUCUCCCCACCGCCAGACACUAGCUGGAGAAGGACAAAUUCAGACUCUGCCUUACACCAGAGCGCCAUGAAUCCGAAGCCCCAGGAGGUGUUUGCAGGGGGAUCACAAGAGCUGCAGCCUAAACGAGUACUGCUGCUAACAGUGCCUGGGACAGAGAAUUCAGAGCCAAAUGCAGACAAGGAUGCACAGAAACAGUUGUGGGAUGACAAGAAGGAUGAUUCGUCAAAGCCCAACACGUGUGAUGUCCCAGGAAUCAAUAUAUUUCCAUCACCAGACCAGGAGCUGAACCCAUCCGUGCUCCCUGCUGCACAUAACACCGGUGGUUCGCUACCCGACCUGACUAACAUCCAGUUCCCUCCUCCGCUGUCCACCCCUCUGGACCCCGAAGACACCGUGGCCUUCCCAUCUCUCAGCUCUGCCAACAGCACGGGCAGCCUGACCACCAACCUCACCCACCUGGGCAUCAGUGCUGCCAGCCACGGGAUCCCCGCCUCCUCUCAGCCCACUAUGACUGUCACAGCACAGCGCCGGCAGCCACCCGUGGUGCCGCUGACUUUAACCUCUGACCUCCAUCUUCAGCAGUCCCCACAGCAGCUCUCACCCACCCUCACCUCACCCGUUAACAUUACACAGGCUGUGCCGACAGAAACGCUGACCCUGGAGCAGCAGCUUUCCCAGUAUCCCCUGUUCAACCAGCUGACCGCUCAGGCCCAGGCUCAGCUGCUCAGUGACCUCCAGAAGCAGCAGGCUCUGCCGCAGGGCAUCCAGCUCAUCACCUUGCCAACUCUGGCCUCCGCUGGCACACCCACCGCUACGGCCAGCAGCCCCUCUCCAGACAGCCAGACCACCGCCAGCAUCAGUGUCAGCUCGUACCGCAAUCAGACUGGCUCACCAGCCACUCAGUCUCCAACCUCCCCAGUCUCCAAUCAAGGCUUCUCCCCCGGAGGCUCGCCUCAACACAUUCCUGUGGUGGGCAGUAUAUUCGGAGACUCCUUUUAUGAUCAGCAGCUGGCGUCGAGGCAGACCAACGCUCUCUCUCACCAGCUGGAGCAGUUCAACAUGAUCGAAAGCCCCAUCAGCUCCAACAGCCUUUACAACCAGUGUUCCACACUCAACUACACACAGGCAGCCAUGAUGGGCCUCACCGGGAGCAGCCUACAGGACUCUCAGCAACUUGGCUACAGUAGCCAUGGCAACAUCCCCAACAUCAUCCUAACAGUCACAGGUGAGUCUCCGCCAAGCCUCUCCAAAGAGCUGACCAACUCUCUGGCAGGCGUUGGCGACGUCAGCUUCGACGCAGACUCUCAGUUCCCUCUGGAUGAGCUGAAGAUCGACCCGCUCACCCUGGACGGACUGCACAUGCUCAACGACCCCGACAUGGUGCUGGCCGACCCCGCCACCGAGGACACGUUCAGGAUGGACAGGCUGUAACGCCAAAUGCUGACUGUGGCCUGGAACAAAGAGGAAAAAAACACACUAACUUGUGAACGGAGAGAAGCAAAGGGCAGGAUGAACCCUCUCCCUCGUUGCAUGGCCGUCCAGCUGUCCGACCUCGCCCUCGACUCCGUGAAGCCCUUUGAAACGAUGCGCCACCAAAAGACAACGGGGAAAAAGACAUCCAGUGGCUUGCCGGGGAAUGGCCUCGCUGUCGUUUUGAAUGAGAUUGGUUGCUCAGCGCUUUCGCUAGCCUACUGUGUUUACAGUGUACCAUUACAUGCCACCUAUAUUCCAAAAACGCACAUUUGAGAGUUUUUUUUCUUUCUUUUCAUAUCCAUUUUAAUAUUGUUUUGUUGAUAUUUGCUUGUAGCAGGACGCUACUAGGACAUUGGGCUAAACCGUACCCGUUACAACUGGCUGUGUGGAAGAAAAAAAAAAAACAACAGAAGAAGAUGAAAAAACACAGCUGGUUUGCUCGUACCCUGCAAUGAAGUGAAUCGGUUUUCCCAUCAUGCCAUUAUGGCUUUCUGUUUCACACUCAAAGCUUUAUUUUUGACAACCAAAUGUUAUUUUCGUCAUGUACUGAAUGUUUUUAUGCUUCAUGUAUUUAUAUGUUCUAUUUAUUUAUUUGGUUAAAGAUUUUAUAUUCCAUUUCAUAAUUUAAAUUUGAUGCCAAAAUGCUCUCUGUAGGCAUAGUGUACAAUUGCACUGAUGUAAUCUGUGUCUAUUUAUUAAUUACUAACAUAUUUAUAUAUGUGUUUGUUAAGCUACUUGGUUAAUGAAGGAGUGCAAAACCUCCCCAUAGUUGCUCUUUGCUGUUCAAUGUGCCAUUCUCUGAUGUAGGAUGUGGUCAACGUUGCUAUGCUGCAGCCCAACAGUCAAAUCAAAACAUCACAGUUUUUAGCACGGCUCCAGAAAAUGUUGCGUGCUCCACAAAUGGGUUGGUUUCAUGCCACUUGAAUUAACUUUCUCUGAGGAAACUCGUCAGGUAUUUCUAUUUAACUAGAACGCAAAAGAAAUGCGUCCAAAUUCAUUUUCUGCCAGUGAAAAGCCAAUACAUAUAUCUAUAUAUAUAUAUAUAAAUAUAUAUAUUCAGAGCGAACUUCUUCUCAGUGGAGGAAGGCGUCUGUUUUUAAACCAGAGAACACUAAAAUCUUAAAUCUUUUUAAGUCGUCACUGUGAAAUCACCUGAUUUUGCCUUACAGGAGUACUCUACUGUUCUACUUAAGUGUCUAACGUGACAACGUAUUUUCGUAACUUAUUGUACCAUUUUCUUGGAUUCGAAGGGAACUUUUGGUCAGUGAUAUUUGUGGUUAUGUUGUGUAAGGUUUGACAAAUCAAUGUACUGUAUUUUGUAGCGGUACACUUUAUAGCCAAAUUGUUGAUGUUUUUUAAAGUGGGGCAAAAAAAAAAGAAAAUUAAACAAAAAAUAUAUAUCUACGGAGGGUUGAAAGUAUUUGAGAUGGAGUGCAAUUAUGGGGAGGCUUUUUGCUCCUAUGCAGGGAAGCUCUAACAAAAACUGACCUUUGACACUUGGGUCACCGAUGACAAAAGUACCAUUCAAAGUAUUGAGGAAAGGAAGUAUAUUUAACAGUAUCAGUACCUCCAAGUGGUUGUUUUCAUAAGAUGCAAUCUUCCGAUGUCAGAGUCUACGAAUAUAUAAAAUUUUCUAUUGUAGAGUUCACGUCCAUGUAGUAAACUGGAUUGAGUGCAUCAAGGGCACAUAAAGUUUCUGUCUAAGAAAGAAUAUUUAUAUACUAAGUAUUGUAUGCAAUCCUUCUGCAGCACCGAGAUCUGUUCCAUUCAGUCUGAAAAUAUUCACAAUAACAAUCAGGGAUGUAGUCGAGUCUACGCAUUCGUUUACACCACCUCUUCAACUCUGAAGUGUUUACGCAGCAUCAUCCCUAACGGCAUCCAUGACACGGUCCCUUUUUGCCAAAAAUGUGUAGAAGGACCGUCAGUAACGGUAACUUCACACCUGGUGCCAAUCGAGUCCGCCUCGGCCUUUUGUCAGAGUUUCCCUGAGAGUCAUGUGUAGGUCUGUGGGAUCAUGUUUGGUGUGUUGUAAUGUUUGUGUACAGAUGUUUUUACUCGCCUGAAGCGCUGAUGGGAAGAGUGCCCAAACCCCCCCCCCCCGACAAAGGAAUCACGUUUGGUUUACCUCUGCAGUUGUUUCAGUUCAAGUGUUUCUUGUCUGCUGUAAAAACUUCCAUCCACGGUUUUGUUUGCCUUCAACAGAUUUGUGAUUCCUAUGCAAAUGAGACAAAAAAAUGGCCCUUAAAGGAAAAAUCCACCUCUGAUGUUUUGUUGUUUAAUGCGGCCCUCAAGUUAAGCUGGAUUUAUUCUUCGUCUGUUGAAGAGCAGCAGGAGGAAAUGUGGUCACUCAGCCCAGGCUGCUUUUAUUUUCUUUUAAAUUGAGAUUUUAAUCAAAAGUUGACAUUUUUUGACAAACUGUCUGCUGUUACUGCCCAAUAAUACGAACCCCAAAACAUCUGAAACAUGAUUGAGAACGUAGACUCUGAACUUCCAGGAUUUAACAGCUCCAUGUGUCACAAAGUAAAUGAUGCAACCAAUGCCCAGCUCAGUUAUAAAUUAGAGCUUUGAGAUGAAGCUACAUCUCAGCAUUGUAGCUCUGCUUUAGAAAACAUAACUACAUGACAUUUAUCACAUUAUUAUACAAGUGCAGGACGUAAUUGAGCGUUGCAGUGGUGCUAUGACAAUCAACGAGUGAAACUGUACCCUGAAAUAUAAAUGAAUUUCUUUGGCAGAGAAGCAUAAAUCCAGCGUCACUUGAAAGAAUUCAGAACUCCUUUCGAAAAUACAUUGGCGCCUGUUGAAUACAGGUGCAGAAAUUGCUGCUCUGGAAGGAAACAUUUCCUCUCUAAAUGUAAAGGAACUGAUGUCAAACCAGAUUUGAUGUUUAAAAUCCAUGAAACAUUUCUCAUAAAAGGGAGAAAAAUAAAGCACUAAAAAAUGCCCCUGGAAUGCAAACUGAUUUUUAUUUUCUGUCGCUAACAUUGGAUUUUUCCUUUAAGUCUCCGGAACAAAUGUGUAGAAGUCAUUCUCUACAGAUUACAUGUGUCCAAAGGUUUUUAUACCUAAAGAAAAAAAAACAGAUAAGUGUUCAAACUUCACUGUUGUGUUGCCAAUAAUGCCAGUGAUUUGAGCUUUCCCGUCGCCUCCCUCCUUUCAUCCUGCUGAAUACUAGUCGUUCACACUGACCUUGUACAUAUGCUAUAGCUGAGACUAAAUGCAUGCCUAAACUGACAGUCCGAACCUCUAAACGAAGGCCUUCUAUAGCUCCGCAGGUUUGAUUUGUGUAACAUAAUGCUAUCACAAAGUCUAAAGGGAUGCAUGUAUGGGUUUCUCCUGUGCGACAGUGAACUCCUGUUAAGUGACUCCGUUACCUCCAUUACUGUACAAUGCCACUUCACGAAUGAUAAAAGAAUGUAUUUUCUGUGUCCUAGUUUUAGCCUGUUGCCAAAUGAUCCGAUGUUUGGAGUCUGGUCCCAUUACAGUCGGACCAGUCUUCUUCUCCUCUCUGCUCUUCAGUCUCCCUCCGAGGAUUCAGACUGUUGCUUGUUCCUCUUUCUCUUCCUACUGUAGCAUCUCUCUGCAUAGAAACAGUCGAUCCGGCCCCCAAAUCCUUUCCGUCAGCACAACUUUUUUUGCUUUGUCUUGAGAAAAUGGAAGCAGGUUCUGUCUCGCAAAAGGUUGCAGAUUGGCACGUGCACUGAUCGUUUGCAUAUGUGGACUCGAAUCUUUUGAAACUUGCGUGUUACGCAGUCAGCUGCAUGACAUGAUAGACACGUUGGCAGAUCCCCGUGUUCUGUACAGGACUCUGAUCUCGCUAUGCUGAAGUGAAGUGUGUUUUAAGACAUCAGAUGUGAUUGUUUUUUGUUGUCGCUGCCUAUCAUGUCAAGUUCUGGACUGGGUAAAGUGUUGUUUUCUUGUUGUUUUUUUCCUCUUUUUGUGAAAUGUUUAGUCCACCGUAGUUGCUUGGCACUUUAUUUGUGACUUCCUGGCUUUUUGAGCAAGGACUGUUCUGCCCGAUGCGAAUGCUGACUGUUUCACACCAGAUGCAUACUCCAGGAGAUAUUUUCAUGUCAAAGAAAAGAUGAAUUCUCUAUUUUCCUUUGUAAACUAUAUUUUGGCUUGUCUCGUUUUUAUCUGUGAAGAUUUUAGGGGAUGCAAAACUAGAAAGGGCUUACUCCAGUGCAGCUUGCGCUCUUGUGUUGGAAAGGAACGGCGCUCCGAAUGUAUUUCUUUGUUUGUGUCAUUUCCCUCCCCUACAUGAAAAUCGCAUCGAGGUUCAGCGAGUUCAGUCGGCAACACUGAUCGGCCUUACCAGUUAGUCGCAACCUGAAAACUACUCAAGUGAAGCAGUUUGUAUCUUAACUUUUACUGCCACUAACAGUUUGUAUUUGACUUGCAUUGAAGCUCGCCGGUCUACAUCAGUGGUGUGCUUUCCUAAAGUUAGAAAUGAAUGAAUGGCAUGGCAAGGGUGUUAGAUGCCUUCUCCAUUGUCCCAGGUUUGCUACAGGCUACUGUAACCCUGGUUAAAGACUUGACUUUAAGUUAGGCAGCUAAUACACCUUUAAUUGAAGCAAGGAGGUUGGACAAAAGGCAGUUGUGAGAGUGAAAAAGUAAAUUUUGUUCAUCAGAAUUACAUCCCAACAUGUGCCGAGUCUGAGACGAAGCACCAAGAUGUGGGAAGCAAACUUUUCCACAUAAGCUGGAGGUCCAUUUUUCAACCACAAGAUCCACAGAUCAUCUGACAAUAUGUUUUCUACGUCUUGUAAACAAUCUCACUCAUCUGCUAGAGUCGGUCUGAGACGCCGCUUACUUGCAUUACUUUAAAGCACGGCUGAGUUGUGCUCAACGGCGAUGAAUUAAAUUGUCUCGAGCCGAGAAGGCAGACGAGUGAAGCUCACCCAGGAGUCCUGUGUUUAAAGGUGUUUCCUCAGUCCCAGAAUAGCAGGAAGGAGUUGCUACUUCAUCUGUACUGCUUGUUCCCAGAGUGUUUUUGGUCUGAUUAAUGUCCCUUUAAUAACACAGGGUUUUCUAAAUGACUCUACACUCCAUUGAAACAUGUAAAAGGCUCUGGAAAAAACAGUUUAAGUUCCACUUAAAGCUUAUAGUGAAAAUAGCAUUAUAUCACUGUUGUCCUGUAAGUCGUAGUAAAAGAUCUGUAGUUAUUUAUUUGUUGCCAUGUGAUUCUCCUUAUGUGACCAUUUGUUUAUAAGAUGAAAGAAAAAUGUCAAUUAAAUUGAAUGUGGAAGACAGA